UUGCCUGCUGCUGUGGGUGAUAAUGUGACUGCUCCUCAAGUAGCUGCUGCAGGGGCUCCUGUCCAGCAGCCUCAGGCCACCACUUCUAUCACUAGGCGGUCACGCAGGCGCAGAGUUGAUUCGGAUUCAUCAUCCUCCUCUGUUCAGAGCCGGAGGCGGAGUCGGCGGGGAUCACGUAGGCGUCAGUCCCGUCGCCGGUCUGGCGAUUCGCGGUGGAGUAGACGCUCCAGAUCUUCUAGGUGGCGGUCCCCAUCCUCCUCUGAGGGGUCCUCCGCUGCUUCAGGAGAGUCUGGUCGGGUUUUGCACAAGUCGCGCAAGAGGCGGAUGCCUAGCCGUUCUUCCAGGGUUGAUAGCCUGGUUCCAGUGGCUUUUCCACAACCUGAAGUUGCUGUGUCGAAUCCUGUGUCGGAGCAGAUUCCUUCUACGUCCGGAGUUUCGGUCCCUUCACCCGGAGGCAGAUCUGGAAGGCAAGGAGUGCCCGCAGCACCUAUGGCUCCUGGUGGACAACAAUUGAUGCCGCUGAUUCAGGCUUCGGUUUCCCCUGCAACUUGGCAGGCGCAUGGUAAGGCGUGGGGGGACUGGGAGAGCAUGGUGGGAGGGAGAGAUGUGGCGUCCAGUGAUGAUCUCCGCCUUGAGGUAACGGUUGAAUGGUUGUUGCAAUUGCGCGCUAGCGGGGUGUCAGCUUCGAUGGCGCAGCGUAGAUUGUCAGGGGUUGCCUUCCAUUUUAAGUUGCGUGAUUGGCCGGAUGUUACUAAGAGAUUCAUUAUACGUCAGGCUCUUCGGGGGUGGAGGAAGGAACUUGUAUACCGUGAAUGUAGGCGUCCGGUAUCAUUUAACCUGUUAGGCAGGCUCAUUGCUAGGCUUUCUGACGUCUGUCGGUCCCCGUUCGAGGUUGCGUUGUUUUCUGCUAGUUUCAGUAUAGCAUUCUUUGCAGCGUUACGGAUAGGCGAGCUGGUUGCUCCGUCUGGUAGCAGACCAGGUGGCCUUUCUUGUGCUGACGUGGUCCUGGGUAAUGGCGCGUUGAGGAUCAGGGUGAGUCGCUCCAAGACGGACCAGUUUGGUAGCGGGUCAUGGAUCCCCCUUCACCCGGUUCCCGGUGUGUCAUGCCCGGUGCGGCUGACGUCUAGUUAUAGCUCCAUGCGAGGUCCGGGACAUAACUUUUUGGCGCAUGCUGAUGGCUCCCCUCUGACUAAGUUCCAGUUCACUUCGGUUUUUAAGUCAUGUCUGGAGUUGUCUGGUAUGAAUCCCCGGGAAUUUGGCACUCAUUCUUUUCGAAUUGGGGCGGCGACGGAAGCCGCUAGGGCGGGUUUGCCAGAGUCUGAGGUUAUGAGGAUAGGUAGGUGGAAGUCUGCUUGUUUUGCGCGAUAUAUUAGACCGGACCUGUUAUAGAACAGUAAGACUGGAAAGAGACCGGGUAUAUGUGUUUUAUAAAAAAAAAAAAAAAAAGACAUAAAAAAAAAAAAAAAAAUGCAUGUUUCGCGGUUUUAAUGGUCGUUUCUUCGCAGGCGCAGUAGGUCCGACGGUGUGGCUGGUGGGUCAUUCCUACAUUUUCUGGGCAGCGCAGAGAGCCGAAUGUCGACCCGGCGGGAGAUCCCUGGGCUUCAGCGAUGUGAGAGUGUCGUGGAGGGGGAUCCGGGGCCUCAGGUGGUCCCAGCUGUUGUCACAGGUGGUGGAAAUUGGCACGCAGGCUGUUGGUCCUGUUGUGUUGGUGGUCCACGCGGGGGGCAACGACAUCGGGUCAGUGCCGUUGCUUGAGCUCUUGACGCUCAUGCGGGCUGAUUUGGAACGUUUUCCAUCUUUUUUCCGGGAGGUCAUCUUAGUCUGGUCGGAGAUUGUGCCGCGGGCGGUAUGGCAAAGUGGCAGGGAUGGUGAGGCCAUCGAGAAGUGCAGGCGUACAGUGAAUGCUCGCAUGUCCCGUUUUGUUAGAUCCCGCGGGGGAGUAGUUGUUCGUCAUCGGCAGUUGGAAGGGGACAAUAGGUCAUUGAUGAGGCCGGAUGGUGUCCACUUGUCCGAUAUCGGCCUGGACAUUUUUCUCUCUGGUAUCCAGGAUGGGAUUGAGCAGGCCAUGUUCUUGUUGGGUGGUGGUCGGAGCCCCGUGUGAGGUUGGGUCUCCUCCGUGGCGGCUGGUAAACAGAAGUUGGUUACUGAGCAGGUGAACUGGCGUCAUCCGCCCGCUGGGAGCCCAGCGGCUGGCGGAUCGCAUGGGCUCAGCUAUGGUUAUGCCGUUUAAAGAAUUAGCUGUGGCCGACUACCACCCAACAAAAUUGUUAAAUAAAAGUUAUAAACGUGACAAGGUUGUCUGUGUUAUUUGUGGUGGGAGGGCAUGUUGGG